CUUAUCAGCAGCUGGCAAUUACAAUGAAUCACUUUACUCCUGCAUAAACCCUCUCUAAGGUCUUCACUCUCUGAUGGCAGCAAUAGAAGGCUGGAGCAUGUGAUACAUAUUCCCAGCAUGUGGUGGAUUAAUACAUUAAUACUUUGAGGCUGAAUCUCCCCCUCCCUUCGCAUAUUACUGCAUCAAAAAGAGAUUACGGUCAGUGACAGGCCAUGCACAGGCAGGAUCCUACCAUCUGAGGCACGCAGAUGAGGGGGUGAACUAGAGACAAGUUAGAGGAAAAAAAAACAAAACAGAAAUUUCAGAUUGAGAGACAGCACAGGCUUACCUUACCGCUAAACCAUAAUGUGGACAUAGAGAAGGAUUGUUAACAUAAAGAAAAAAAAACAAGAAAAAAAGCACCUUAAUGAACCAAUGAAUGGGGAACAGAAUCGGGUGGGUGGGUGAAGAGGGGGGAGGGUCUAUGCGUCUCCAAAUGCUGUUAGUUUGGAUGCUGGACUUGCAAGGGAUUGCUUCAGCAAGUUCUGCAGGAGUAAGUGAGGCGAUGCUCCUGAGCAACAGACGAAAAGGAUUCUGCAGGAAGAAAGGAGGGGCUGCGUAGAAAUCAAAAAUCGUGGGAAAGACACAGCAGACGGCUUCAAAUCAUGGCGUUGGCUUGUCUUGGUCUGGGCUGUGCCCCCGUGCAGUCCAAAGCUGUAUCAAACUUGGAUAUGGAGAGCAAGCUGUCGGCGCACUAUCAGGCUCCAUGGCACCAGCAACACAACGUGUUUCACCCAUGCACCAGACCGCCAUGUCUGGAGGAGCUCCACAGGAAUGCCCAUCUGAGCCUUAGAGCUCUGCAUCGCGACGAACAACAGCAUCAGCCUUCUUCAAGUCGAGAGAGAAACAGGGUGACCAUCUCCAUCUCCGUGGCGCCACCCAUGCCCACCUUUCCCUCACCGCAUAGCAUUCGGCGGCAACAGAGGAGUCGGCUCGCGCGAGCGCAAGAGAGAGCAGAGAGGGAACGAGAGCUGGAGUAUCAACCCAGAAAGGAGAAGACUGUCAAAGAAACAAAUAUCCAGACCACAGAGAGAAAGCUACAAGAGAGGCCUGGUAGAGAGGAGGAUGUGAAAACAAUCGAAAGAAAAUUUGAGUGCUUUUACUCACUUGAAACUAUUGAAGGUUGCAUCUUCAUUCCAUGGAAUAGAAAGGUCACCUCGAUAGAGAAAAGUGAAAGUAGUGAGGUCAUUGGAGGCCAAACAGCGAAGGCCGUAAACCACAGUGCCCCCGCAGCCCAAGACAAGCAGGCAAACUGGUCAAAGGAAAACGUCCCGCCGUCAGAUCAGAAGACAAAUGGCGAUUCUCAAGCGGUCUCCUCAUGCAUUAUCCCCAUUAAUGUCACAGCAGGAGUCGGGUUUGACAGAGAGGCCAGUGCCCGUUGCUCUCUAGUUCACUCCCAGUCGGUGCUUCAGAGAAGAAGGAAGCUGAGGAGGAGAAAGACUAUCACUGGAAUACCCAAACGGGUACAACAGGACAUGGACUCAGAUGAAUCACCUGUGGCAAGAGAGCGUACAGUGAUCAUCCACACCAAUUCACAUCAACUAUCUCUCUGUCAAGAGGACCUCUCAAUUAGUGGGCGUCUCCAUCACACUCGUGACUCUGGCUGCCAGACAGAUGAUUUCCUUAUAGCAUGUACAGCUGCUCCCUCCAGAAGACGCAUUAGAGCUCAGCGCAGCCAUCAAGGUAUCCCUGCCUCUCUGUCCCACUCUACGGGUAACAUUUCCUCCUUGGGUGACCAGUCGGACUCAACAUACACAACAGCUUCUACACACGGUGGCCGCUUACGCUCACGUAGCCUUCCAAGAGAGGGCGGCCGUCUAAUUGACAGUGACGAAGACGAUGAUGACAACUAUGAUGACGAUGAUGAUGAUGAUGAAGAUUUAUCACCUUAUGAAGCAGAGGACUUCAUUCCAUCCGGACCAAGUCCAAGAAUGAAGAUGAUGAUGAUGAAGGAUGAAGAAGAGAGUACAGAUGACCAGGCAGUCCCUGGGCCGCUGCAACUUGGUAGCCUAAAAAGACUGCAGAGGUCGAGUGAAAGAGACCGGGGCGGUGGAGGAGGUGGGAGUCCAGAACAUAGCUGGAUGGAGAGGGGUCGCUCUCGCUUGCCCCGCAAGGCUGACAUGGGUAGCUGUGAAAUUUCAUCCAGUUCUGAUACUUUUAGCAGCCCUAUUCACUCAGUGUCUACUACAGGCAUUCUAGGCAGUCAUGUGGACCACAAGGAGGACCACCAGUCAUCAAGUGGAAACUGGAGUGGCUCCAGCUCUACCUGCCCCUCGCAAACAUCUGAAACUAUCCCCCCUCCCUCUUCUCCACCCCUGACAGGCUCUUCCCACUGUGAUUCAGAGUUAUCACUUAAUACAGCACCCAAUGCCAUUGAUGAGGGAUUUUCCCUGGAUCCUUCCUACCACUCUGACCUCAGGCCCCAGAGUCAAGGCCACAGAUCAAGCUCUUUUACAUCAUCAGCCACAGACCAGCUAGAUGAUGCGGGGGUCAGUACAGCCAGCGAAGGGGAGUGGACAUACCCCCAAGACCAAGAUCAGACUGAUCCAGAUCAAGACCCAGAUCCCACCCAAAAACUGAGUGAAAGCCACCAGUUUCUUCAAGAAUACAGCUCAAUGGAAGGUCUUAAUGACCAAACAUGUUUCAGUAAACAGAAAACAAAUGCUGAAAAAGAGCCUGGGUCUCAUUAUCCAUCUGAUACAGAAGGUUUCUACUCAUCCUCUGUGAAUCUUGGGGAGUAUAAUCAGAGCUAUAGAGAAUACACAUGUAACUAUGCAGACCUCGGGCCUGAUUGUCAUCAGUCCAACACUGUGGCAAAACGAUUAACCCAUGGAGGUUAUCCUCAGCCUCCACUUGAGUUCAAAACAGGCACUAUGACUUUAGGGAGGACUUGUCGUCCUUUAAGAAAAUCAAAAAUUAAACCUCCACCACCCAAGCGAACAUCCUCACUAAAGGAAACAAAUAGUAGUGUUGAUGUUGGAACAGACACACAAGCUGAUAAGGAUCAACCAAAGAUGGUUAGUGAACAAGAACUUACCUCGUCUUCCACAGAUAUGAAGCUGGAACUGGACCUGGAACUUGGAGGAGCUCCAGAACCAUUACAGUCAUCUUGUCUAGUUACAGAGUCUUUAGGAACUUGGGGUAUGGGACUGGGGGGAGCCAUGGACAUAGUAGAGCCCAUGUCCUUUAGUUCUGCCGAUACACACUCAUUUAAGGAUGAAGGUGCUGUGCAGUCUGACUAUGCAGAUCUGUGGCUUCACAACAGUGAGCUUAAGUCUAACAAUGGUGAGUACACAUCAAUGUCUAACUCAAGCACAGCUACAGGCACCACUGUUAUGGAUUGUAUGAAGUCACCAGACAGCUCUUCCUCUUCCACAGAAACACAAAUCCAGGCUGUUGCCCAGACCUUAGAGUCCAAGGAAAGCAGUCCAUCUCUCCCAUCUGGAGACUUUAAACUUGGGUCACCUGAGAAACUGGCCGGCCUAGCCUCACCAUCUAGUGGUUAUUCCAGUCAGUCAGAAACCCCAACAUCAACCUUACCCUCAUCUUCAGCAGCCUUCUUCCCAGGACCACUGUCCCCUUCAACUGGCAAGAGAAAGCCUAAAGUGCCAGAAAGGAAGUCAUCUCUCUCUUCCUUGCAACAAUUUCCUAGAGAUGGGGCUUCCAUUUCAUUUUGCAAUAAGAGAGAUCCAGACUUUCCACCUCCACCUUCUCAACUUGAUCUCAAUGUUCUACAUGGAGGUUAUGUGAGACACACCUUAUCCCACCGAGCAUGCCACAUGCACAUCCUUCACCACAACAAACACAGAGUUGUAAAUGUUUUGUCCACUGGACCAAAAAUAAUGGUCCCUGAGAUAACCAAUACCAAUCCACCACCAAGUUCAGGCUCUGCUUUAACAAAUCCAGGCUUAAACAUUCUGCCAGUUACUCCAACAAUUCGUUCAGUGAAGCUUCAUUCAGUUAGCCAAUCUUCAGAGCCGCAGUGUACUUCCACAACAUACCAGGACACAGCGAAUGGAACUGAGACUGUAACAAGGCCAAAAUGUUCCCCAAGUAGUUCCACCCUGGCUCCUCCCCCUGUUAAUACCAGGCCUCUCCCUCCCAGAAGGCCACCUCCCAGACCCCCGUGUCAUGAUCACACCUCUUCUCCUGAACGUUCCCAGCCACCUCCACCUGGUCGCCACCCUGAUGGACCUCCAUCCUAUGAAAGUCUGCUUCUAAGGCAAGACCGGUAUGGACCAGGAACCUUUUGGGCGAUGACUGCCUUCAGGACAAGGAUGGACCCUUCGUCAGACAUCUCUGAAGACAGUUCACCCCUGCAUCGACCAGUUCCACGUGCUCCACACCCUUCACCUGUGGAUCUUCACACUCAUAUUCACUCACACACAGAGUUCAGGGGGCUCACCCACUCAACACAUGCACGUUCCGAGUUUAGAGUUUUGGGGGAGCGCUCGUUCUCCCAGGAUGAUGACGAGGAUGAGGAGGAGGAGGAAGAGGAAGAAGACGAGCAGGUAAAAGAGCCGCAGAAGGCUGCAUGUUCCAGAGGAGGAAUGCGAUCGGACCACCCUCCUCCCCCAGCCUAUGAAUUUGCUGGGGGAUCCCACUUAAACUCAGGGCCAUGGGCUAGUCCUGUCAAAGUGCCUGGUAAUACAACAGAGGCAUCGCAUCCUUACCUAAUCAGCGAUGCAAGGACAGGAGGCCAUGAAGUGCAUGAAGAAGAGAGGGAAGUGAUAUCAGGUGCUACCAGAAGUGCCCAUCCGCACCAACUCCAAGAGAGCAAGGAUGACUCCACCACUCCUGACACUGAGGAUUACUUUAGCAAAGAUUCCACACCAAGUGACAAUUCACUUUCCCCUCUGACGGAUGACACCAAAGUUGAUGACGACAUUAUUAUUACAUCCCCUAACAAGAGUCGUACAACAGAAGACCUUUUUGCCAUGAUACACAGAUCCAAAAGAAAGGUCCUUGGCCGUAAAGACUCAGGAGACCUAAACGUGAAGUCUCGUCUUUGCCCUGCGUCAGCUGUAACCCCCAGUAAUGUUUCCACUGGUGUUGUCCCUCCAGCUCCUCCUCUUAACUUUCCUGUUACUUUAGCCAAUGCUGUUGGGUCACAGAGAGCUCCUGUUCCAAUCUAUCGUAGUGCUAAGAAGUCCAGCACAUCCAACGAGGAGUUUAAGCUUCUUUUGCUAAAGAAAGGCAGCAGGUCUGAUUCUAGCUAUCGCAUGUCAGCGACAGAGAUUUUGAAGAGCCCCAUUACCCCCAAAACACCAGGGGAAUCCCUUCAAGAAGGUUCAAUUAGACAGGCAGAGGAGCAAUCUUCUAUGCCUCAGGAACCCCCAAUCUCUGGUUUGGACCCAAUCCAGAUACCAGGCCUUUUUCCUCGGGCCAACUCGGAAAGUUUCACUCCCAAAACACUCCCCAUGUCAGCUGCAUCUCGACAGGGACGUUCUCGGAUCCCCCCGGUUGCUAACAGCAGUCGCUACAGUACACGCAGUCGCCUCUACACAGCGCCCAUGCAAGCCAUUUCAGAAGGGGAGACAGAAAACUCAGAUGGGAGCCCUCAUGAUGAUAGAUCGUCAUAAAAUGAGCUGAUAAGAACUUUUGCCCGUUGUUAGCUGUUUACUGGAUUUUCAAAACCUGCACUUCUCCUUUUCACCAGUGGAGGGAUUCCUGCAACAUUUCAAAUCUGACUGUUGCUGAAAUGCACUCAGCUAAAAGCUAACUGUUUAAAAGUGGCAGACUGUUGUGAGAUAGAGAAUCAUUAAAGGAUUAUAAUGAAGUCCUGAAAAUAUAUUUAAAUACCUUAUUUAGUGAAGAAUAGUCCCCUUCUUUAAAAGUGCAAGGAAUAUUUUGAUUGAACAGGCUUUUUUCUAAAAACAAAAAAAAAUAAAAAAAAAAACAUAAAAAAAUCUCAACUGUUUGGACAAUGAUAGGACAUAAUAUCGUGAAAGUGAGUGUGCAUGUACAGGCACAUGCAAUCUUUACUAAUAUUUCUACUUUUUGUGUUUUCAACGGUGCGGGUGCACGUAUGUCACUUGGGGACUGAUUUACUUCUUCAUUUAAAAAUUCUUUCCACAUUUUGUAUUCUUUCAACCUAGGGUGCCCAGUGCAUCAGCCAGACUUCCUAGACUCUUUACUCAGUAUUCCUGCCAACAAGCAAAGUCUUGCAAGAGUCUCAACUCAUCACCAAGUUUUUUAUUAUAUUUACAUCUGCAGACCUGCCAUAAAGUAUAUUACAAAGAGCCAAUCUUAUAUUUGUCAACUAAAACGAUAUCCAAAUACUAACAUGAUGCAUGUAUUUUUGUAAAAAUGCUCCUCAGAAAAUGAUAAGACUCCAACUUGUUGCAUGACCUAUGUGGAAAGAAUCCCUGAUCCUAGUUUGUGUCAACAGUUUUGUACUUCUUUUGUAUUACAUGAGAAUUGAUUAUGUCACUGCAAAAGAUAUGAGUUGCAUUUACGCUGCAUAGAUCAAAACAGAUUUUUCUUUGAGUAUCGCAAACAGAAGGAGCAAGGGCUUGCACCUAUUUGUCUAUCAUCCAGGCUAAUUUUGGACAAUCGCACAGUGGCCUUUCUCCUACAGAGUUGGUUGUGGCAGGACAUUUGAAAGUCCCUGAACGUAUAAAUUUAUAUGAAGCUACAUGUAAAGUUUCACUAAAAUUAAAUCUCACACUUGUCAAAAGCUGACAUUAAAAUUUAUUGUUCUUUCCAGCUGCUAACAAAAGUUGCCAUUCCAGAAAAAAGAAAUGUGCGUUUCAUUGCAAAUUUAAGUGAACCAGUGAGGGCAGAUGGUGAAAAUGCUUUAGAAGGACUUCAAUCUGUUGUACUAGAGUUUAACUUGGUAUGGUUUCACAGAUCCAACCUCGUUUUGCACUUCGUGUUACACAAGAAUAGAAGAAAGAAAGAUAUAUCUUAUAAUGAAAUCCAUGUAUAUUUGUACUGAAUAGAAAGCUCUUAUCUAUAUUGAAAUUACGAGAACUUUUAUGGGGAACCAAUCUGCGUGUAGCAAAGAACAGGUCUCACUGAACAUUACACAUGAUUUUUUAUUUUUUUUUAAGCAGUGUACUGUUCGCCUCUCCUUGUUGCCUCUCCUUCAUUUGCACUGACCCAGUAGCAUUAGACAGGUGAAAGCUCAACCCCAGUGGCCAAUAAACCAUUCUGGAUUAUAGUUCAAACCUAACAUAUCACAUAAUCUCUCUUUAAAAAGAGAGAAGACAAUAACAGACAACAGUACGACAUAACAUUGAUGGUUCAUUUACGACUGCUGCAAGGGUGAAAGAGAUUUGCCCUUUGAAUAGAUAUAAAUAUGUGGAAAGCUUGAACUCUCACCUGCCUACCAGAAAAAACACAACACAUAUACUUCUUAUGUUUAGAGACCAUGCUUCAAUUGAAACCAUUCACUGUAUUCUGUGAAUACCUCAGAAAUCAUGUCUGUUUUAUCAUGAUAGAUAGAUAGAUAGAUAGAUAGAUAGAUAGAUAGAUAGAUAGAUAGAUAGAUAGAUAGAUAGAUAGAUAGAUAGAUAGAUAGAUAGAUAGAUAGAUAGAUAGAUAGAUAGAUAGAUAGAUAGAUAGAUAGAUAGAUAGAUAGAUAGAUAGAUAGAUAGAUAGAUAGAUAAAACACAACUGUCUGAAACUCAGCGAAUCUAAUGCAGAACUGACACUGUGUAAGAUGGAGAGCGUAAAAAAGCUGUGAACUGACUAGAAUUUUACAUUCAUCAAAUUUCUAAAGCGCACUUGUUCCUGUCCACUGUUUUAUUUGUUGUGUUUUUUUUUUAUCGCAUGCAAUAAAUAAAAAGGGGAGGGGAGGGCGGGAAGAGGGGAAUAAAGAAAAUGACAGCACCUAUUCAUUAUUUUUAUCUGCAGGAUUUCUCCACAGUAAAAAAAAAAAAAGAUUUAGUAUUUUCUGUUUAAAUGUCAAGUUGAAUAGUGUGUUCUAUAGAUGUAAAAACUGUCUGGCUAAUUCUGUUCUGUAUAGUUGUGCUCACACACAGGGGUUUAUCAUGUACUGUAUAUCUCCUCACUGGACAAUCACGCAUUUAAGAGUGUAAAGAAAUGGAUAUAGGAUCUGUCUGGAAGGUGGAAACUGAUCAGCUUUGGUGCUGGGGCUCAGUCCCCCUGGAGCUGUGGAAGUGAGAAAGCUAUUUCCUGAAGAAACCAGUAAACGUGUACAUCUGGACCAUCUGCUUUGGAUGACAUGUACAAAUAAGCGUAAAAAAAACACAGAAAUGGAAACGGAAAUAUCAAUGCAUAAACACGGUCGGGUGGCCUGAUCAGAAAGUCAUUGUCUGUUUGACUCAUAGUUGAAUUUUGUUUCUCCAGCAAACAUUAUUAUUGAACAUGAUGAAUCUGAAAAUACUGUAACAUAUUUGACUAUUUAUUUAGAGGGAUUUGCCCAUACUGUACUUCCUACUGGUACGUAGGAAAUAUCUGACGACUGUUUCUUUAAUUUUAAAAGCAGUGAAUGGAAGAUUUAUUAAAAUCUUUUGAUUAGGAAUACAGACUUUGAUGCAUCCUUGCAGGUUUGUUACACUGUAAUAUCUGAGUCCUGAGAAGCUUGGGAAUAACAACAUAAGGAUCAAAAACUUUAUAAAGUUUAUUCCCAACUUUGAAGUAUAACAAUAACCACAUAUUUUUCUUCAAAUGUGUACAGUAUGGAAUAUCACUAAAUAGACUAAAAAUAUCUGACUGAGCAGAAAAAAAAAACUGUAGCCAAUGAUAAAACGAUAACACACACACACACACACACACACUAACUGUUUCAAUGUAGUUCCAUGUUCAAAACUAGCUAGAACUUAACAGAUUUCAAUCUCUUUUGUAUUUUUGUAUAAAUCUGUAAAUAUGUUUUUGAAGGAGAAAAAAAAUCAUUGGAAAUUCUUUUGUAAAAUAAAUAAAUAAAAGAU